AUAUUAUCACUGUACUCUUACUAGUUUAUAUGCUCUCAACAUUCUUAAUCAGUCGUAUGGAAACGAUUCUCGCGUUAUAAUAGCACAAUGCCUUGUUUAAAGAUAUUGACAAAUUUACCUAAGAAUAAAAUACCAAAUGAGUUUGUGGACAAAAUCAUACCAAUACUGGCUAAGACUGUGGGAAAACCUGCUAAUGUUUUCGUGUGUGUGAUAGCCCCUGACUGCUCUAUAUCAUUCGGUGGAGAUCAAACAAAACCAGGUGCUGUAGCCACUCUAGAAUCCAUUGGGAACAUAGAUGCAAACCGAAACAAAAUGGUUGUCAAAGAAGUGUCCAAAUUUAUCACCGAACAAAUGGGAAUCCAACCAGAAAGAUUUUUCCUUACUUUCUACGAUGUUGCAAACUAUAACGUUGGAAUUAGUGGCACCACUGUUGGCUAAUACAAUAACAAAAACUAUUAACGAACCACUAUAUUUAACUAAGUACAAAUAAACUGUCUUGUGCAACAGAAUCGUUUAUUCUUUUAAAUAAAUUACCGCUGAAAAAACUACUAGAUCCUUUAAUUAUUCUUGUGAACGACGAC